AUGGGGAGAAAGGUAGUGUUGCUGUUCUUGUUUACUCUGUUGUCCGUACUCUCUCUCUUUGCUCCGUCUCUCUCCGGGUUUCAGUCCGAUGAGCUUCUCGUAGACGACGACGAGGUCGGCCAACCUCAAUCUCACUCUCAGCAGAGCUCUUCGGUUACCAAAUCAGAUCAGACUGUCACUCCCUCUCCAACUCCUCGGAGGAAGUUCUCGGAUUCCGAUUCCGACUCCAAGAUCCAAUUCACCCUCGAGCAUGCCUUCGGAGACUCUGAUUUCUCACCCGCCGGCACCUUCUCCGCACGCCUCAAAACAUCCGCUCACGGCGGCCAGACGCUCACAAAACUGAGAUUCUCCCGCAAUGCUUUUACGGAUGCAGAGAAAGAGAGUUUCAAGAGCCUGGUUGAAGGUGAUGAUUUCUACAAGAUAAGGCUGCCGUCUAAUGUCUUGAGUCCUCCUGGCAAGGAUUUCGUCGUCACGUCUGUGAAAGCGAGAUGUAUUUCGAGAGAGACUUUGGAUGAGCACUUUGUGAUACACACGGAAGGUGUCAACAUCUUGGGUGUCAACUAUGGUGCCCCAGCACCAUGUUCUUAUCCACGGCCAGCAAAACUUCCUUCGAAGUGGUUAUUCAACUCUUACACAAUUCUGAAGAAUACUGAGCAGGCACCAAGGACUCCACUAUUUAUUCAGGAUGUGUUGAAGACUGGGGAAGAGGGCGAAGGUGAAGUGGUUGCACCACCAGAAAGGUCCUUCUGGGCUAAAUACUGGAUGUACGUGAUACCUUUGGGGCUCAUAGUGAUGAAUGCCGUAACACAAGCCAUGAACAUGCCCGAGGAGCAAGCCCCCGGGCAGCCAGGCGGAGGAGCGCCUGCAGCACCAGGAGCAGUCCAGCGUGCUCCCAGCUCUGCCGCUAGGAGACGAUAG